UAUUCGUUGUUGGCUAUGGCAUUGGAAGGAUUUCUUCAGCCUAAAGGAAUAAAAUGGCAUUUGUGUUGUGGACUGCGGUGGCAAGUACUUCUUUUACUCCUGUAUUUCAGUCAUGUUGUCAGUGGCCAAAUCCGCUAUUCCAUUCUGGAGGAGAUGAAGACAGGCUCUCUUAUCGGUAACGUAGCUCAAGACCUGGGGUUAGAUUUGAAAAGGCUCCGAGCGGGCCGGGCCCGUAUCGUAUCCGGAGAAAGCAUUCAGUACACAGAGCUGCAGACAGACAAAGGGAUUCUAGUCGUGAGUGAGAGAAUAGACCGAGAACAGCUUUGUGGCGACGUCACACCGUGUAGCUUCAGCUUCGAAAUCAUAUUAGAAAAUCCAAUGGAGCUUCAUCGCGUGACUGUAGAAGUAUUGGACGUAAAUGACCAUGCUCCUUCUUUUCCAAUACAAAAUAUACUAUUUGAAAUCAGUGAAUCGGCUAAUGUUGGUGCGCGAUUUCUGCUAGAGAGUGCAGUGGAUCUCGAUGUAGGCCUCAACGCCCUUCAGAAUUAUAUUUUAACCCCAAAUGAUAACUUCAUUCUGAAACAACAUGCUAAUCCAGACGGUAGUAAAUAUGCUGAGAUGGUUCUCCAGAAACCGUUAGACAGAGAGGAGCAUCCUCGUCUCUCUUUAAAGCUAAUCGCUGUAGACGGUGGAAAUCCGCAGAGAUCUGGCACAGUAAAUAUAGAGAUCUCUGUCCUAGAUGUUAAUGACAAUGCGCCCGUGUUUAACCAGUCAGUGUACAGGGCUACUGUGAUGGAAAACGCACAGAAAGGCACAUAUAUUACCACCGUAAAUGCCAGUGAUGCAGACAGUGGUUCAAAUGGGCAAAUAUCGUACUAUUUGUCGAAAUUGAAAGGGAAUAGAGUUGACAUAUUUAACAUUGAUAUGGCGACUGGGACCAUUUCUGUUUCCGGUCAGAUAGAUUAUGAGAAAGAUAAUAAAUAUGAAAUCAGGGUAGAGGCAAAGGAUCAGGGAGGUUUAACAGACUCCAGUAAAGUUGUUAUUGAGGUUCUAGACGUGAAUGACAACGCACCAGUUAUAAACGUCAUGUCCUUCUCCAGCCCUGUAUCUGAAAAUGCUCCUCCUGGCACCACAAUUGCUAUUAUAAAUGUUAAAGACGCUGAUUCAGAGAGAAACGGACAGAUUACUUGCUCUAUAAAUACUAACCUUCCAUUUAAAAUUCAGUCUUCGUUAAGUAGUUAUUAUAAUUUGAUCUCAGACGGAGCUUUAGACAGAGAAACGACACCAGAAUACAACAUCACCAUAACAACGACAGAUUCUGGUUCUCCUCCCCUCUCCAGCACCAGGACAUUACACCUUAGAAUCUCUGACGUAAACGACAACGCCCCAUUGUUUCGUCAGAGCUCAUACUCUGCUUACGUCACAGAGAAUAACUCUCCUGGAAUGUCCAUAUUUACUGUCAGCGCGCGGGACUCUGACUGGAAUCAGAACGCUAGAGUCUCGUACCUCUUGGAGGACACGCAGAUCAGUGGAACUCCAGUCUCUACUUAUAUAUCCAUAAACUCAGAAACUGGAGUUUUACAUGCGGUUCGUUCCUUUGAUUAUGAACAAAUUAAACAGCUUACACUCGUGGUUAAGGCGCAAGACGGAGGCUCUCCUCCCCUCAGUAGUAAUGUGACUGUCACCAUCUUCAUCCAAGAUCAGAACGACAACGCGCCUCAGGUUCUGUACCCAGUCCAGACUAGCAGCUCUCUGGUGGCUGAAAUGGUGCCUCGUUCAGCAGAUGUGGGAUAUCUUGUCACUAAAGUGGUGGCUGUUGAUGUGGACUCUGGACAGAAUGCCUGGCUCUCCUAUAAACUGCAGAAAGCGACAGACAGGGCGCUGUUUGAAGUGGGCUUACAGAAUGGAGAAAUAAGAACUAUACGCCAAGUCACUGAUAAAGAUGCUGUGAAACAAAGGCUCACUGUUGUAGUGGAGGACAACGGGCAGCCCUCUCGUUCAGCUACAGUCAAUGUUAACGUGGCGGUGGCGGACAGCUUCCCUGAAGUGCUCUCGGAGUUCACUGACUUUACGCACGACAAGGACUACAACGACAACCUGACUUUUUACUUAGUCUUGGCUUUGGCUGUAGUCUCAUUUCUGUUCAUCACAUGUUUAGUGGUUAUUAUAUCAGUGAAAAUAUACAGAUGGAGACAGUCUCGCGUCCUCUAUCAUUCAAAUCUCCCUGUUAUUCCGUAUUAUCCACCGCGUUACGCAGACACUUUGGGGACAGGAACUCUACAGCACGUGUACAAUUACGAGGUGUGCAGGACCACUGACUCCAGAAAGAGUGACUGUAAGUUCGUCAGACCCUGUAGUCAGAACGUACUGAUAAUGGACCCCAGUUCUACAGGGACGAUGCAGCGGAUGCAGAGUCAGCAGAACAUCCUGGAUGAACCAGACUCUCCAAUAGAGGCGCAAGACGGAGGCUCUCCUCCCCUCAGUAGUAAUGUGACUGUCACCAUCUUCAUCCAAGAUCAGAACGACAACGCGCCUCAGGUUCUGUACCCAGUCCAGACUAGCAGCUCUCUGGUGGCUGAAAUGGUGCCUCGUUCAGCAGAUGUGGGAUAUCUUGUCACUAAAGUGGUGGCUGUUGAUGUGGACUCUGGACAGAAUGCCUGGCUCUCCUAUAAACUGCAGAAAGCGACAGACAGGGCGCUGUUUGAAGUGGGCUUACAGAAUGGAGAAAUAAGAACUAUACGCCAAGUCACUGAUAAAGAUGCUGUGAAACAAAGGCUCACUGUUGUAGUGGAGGACAACGGGCAGCCCUCUCGUUCAGCUACAGUCAAUGUUAACGUGGCGGUGGCGGACAGCUUCCCUGAAGUGCUCUCGGAGUUCACUGACUUUACGCACGACAAGGACUACAACGACAACCUGACUUUUUACUUAGUCUUGGCUUUGGCUGUAGUCUCAUUUCUGUUCAUCACAUACACUUUGGGGACAGGAACUCUACAGCACGUGUACAAUUACGAGGUGUGCAGGACCACUGACUCCAGAAAGAGUGACUGUAAGUUCGUCAGACCCUGUAGUCAGAACGUACUGAUAAUGGACCCCAGUUCUACAGGGACGAUGCAGCGGAUGCAGAGUCAGCAGAACAUCCUGGAUGAACCAGACUCUCCAAUAGAGGUUACGUAA